AUUUUUUAUUUGGUUGGCAAUUCCUAAUCUGAGUAUGACGUUUUGUUGAUUUCCAGAUAAAUCAAAUCAAAACACGACAAAUGUGCGCCACAAUUUUUCAUUGUUGAAAACAAGCUCUUCCGUCUUAGAAGAUUCGAAGAAAUGAGCUUGCCUGGGGACAACGGCUUCGGCGAUUAUCGUCGUCGGCCGAACCAGCCCUUCCUGAUCGGCGUGUCCGGAGGGACGGCGUCCGGGAAGACGACGGUGUGUCGACGCAUCAUGGAACGGCUGGCCGAGGAGGCGGCGCAGAAACACGUCACGUGCAUCUGCCAGGACAGUUUUUACAGGGAGCUGAGCGAGGCCGACCUGGCCAAGGCCAACAAGGGCAACUUCAACUUUGACCACCCGGACGCCUUCGACAGCGAACUCAUGCUCAAGACGCUGACCAGCCUGCUGCAGGGAAAGAGUUGCCAGAUCCCCCAGUACGACUACACCAAGCACUCUGGCGGUGAAAUGGUGACUAUUCACCCUUCUGACGUGAUCCUAGUCGAAGGAAUUCUCAUCUUCUAUUUCCCCGAACUAAGAAACUUAUUUCAACUGAAGCUCUUCGUGGACACGGACGCAGACACAAGGUUGGCUCGGAGAAUCAUGAGGGACAUUAAAGAAAGAAAGAGAGACCUGGACACUGUCAUCAAUCAGUACACCAGAUUUGUGAAGCCGGCCUUUGAGGAAUUUUGCCUGCCCACCAUGAAGUACGCUGAUGUGAUUAUUCCGAGGGGCGGCGAAAACACGGUGGCAAUUAAUUUAAUUGUCCAACACAUCAGGAAUAUUUUGCACGAAGACAUUUGAGUUGAAAAUUUGAAUUCAAAACUUAUAUCAGUUUUAGUGAUGAUUUUUGUUUUUUAAUUUUUAAAAUCUGCUUGAAUCAUCCAAAUAUUAACAAAUUCAUACGCAAUUGAAAAAUUAAGCAAGACUGAAUGCAGGACCAAAAAGCAAUUUAUGAUAAAGUAAUAUUAUGUAAUUAUGAAUGUGUGUAUUUUGCGAGUCAGAAAUUUGAAGCAUUUCAUCAACGUUCCUUCUUCUUAUUCUGGUAGCAAAUCGUUUUCAAUGUCCUCGUCUAAAAUGUCGUCUGCUAUAUUUCUACCCGAAGUAUGUGGCCUCGUCGCUGCUGAAAGUAAUUUCAAAUAAAUAUAAAUGUUGACUGUUUGAACGAAGACGAUUCAUUUACAAG